UCUUGUAAUUCAGGUAAAUCAAAUUUGGGAGUUGUAACUGUUAAGCAAUAAGGCUAAGCAGAAGUUCAAAAAUGUUAGACAGCUCUAUAUGUUUGAUUUUCAUGUACCAAGAAUUUCUCAACCUUAAUAAACACGAACACUAGCAUUUCACCAGUCCCCUCUGCUUUCACCUUCACGGCUUCACUUGUCACUCAGUGAGAGGAGGUAGCAAUUAGCAUCAUCAUCAUCAUCUUCUUCUUCUUCACCACCUCGCUUCUUUCUACUUCAAUGGCGAAAUCAUUCUCUCUAACCCACCACCUUUCCCUCCUACUCCUCCAUUCCCAUUCUCACCGUCUCUUCAUCCCCUCCACGACACUCCUCCCUCUCCCUCUUCAUCACCAUCACCCCUUCUCUCUCUCCCCAUUCCACAAAUCCCUCUCUACCAAUCCCACCCCAUACCCUCUUCAAUACGAACUCAUCAUAAAUCGCCCCGUUCAAAAACACCCACCACGUGUUCGACGAAAUGCCGCACAAGCUCUCUCUGAACCCCACGAACCAGACGAACCUGAGGAACAAGAACCGACUUCGGAGCUUCGCCUUGACAGCUGGGUCGACCGGAAAUUGAGCUUUGACUCCGAUUCUGGUCAACCCAGUUCGUCAAAUUUGGAACUUGACAAGGCCAAGAGGAAGUACUACAACAAGAGAAGGAAGAGGAUGUACGGGUCAGAUUCCGAGGAAGAAGAGGCACGGUUACGGAACGAGGAGAAGUUUGUGGAGCUGAAGCCUGAGGUGGUGGAGCUUCCAACUCUGCACCGUAGAGAAGAAGAGUUGUAUUUUUAUGAUGCUUUUGCUUACCCUUGGGAGAAGGAGAAGCACUACAAGAUGGUGUAUCAGUUGGAGAAGAAGUACUUCCCUAAUCAAUGCCUUGACAAGGCAUUUCUCAAACCGGGAGAGUCGAAUUUGAAUGCGAAUGCAAAUGCAAAUUUAAAUGAAAAUGAAAAUGUAGAUGGUGGUGUGAGGAGCAAGGGGAAGGGUAGGAAGACUGCUGGUGUUAGGGAGGAGAAGAAGGAUGAUAAGGGUGAUAACAAGUUGGUCUUUUUUGAUGAGAAGAGGGAAGAGGAAAAGAAGGGUGAUGGGGACUUGGUGAAGGAUCUUAGGGAGAAGAAGGUCGAGGAAUUCUUCAAGGGCUUGAAGAGAGUUGACAAAAAGGAUGGUGAAGUUAGUAGUAUCAAUGCAGAGCCUUUUCUUUCAUCGAGGAGGACUGGACUCCCCCCGGUAUGGGACAGUCCACAUGGCACUGUGGUUUUUAUUAACAAACCAAAGGGCUGGACCUCAUUCACAGUUUGUGGUAAGCUGCGCCGCGUUGUUAAAGUAAAAAAGGUAGGCCAUGCUGGAACACUUGAUCCCAUGGCUACUGGUUUAUUGAUUGUUUGUGUUGGAAAAGCAACAAAACUGGUAGACAGAUAUCAAGGGAUGAUCAAGGGUUAUAGUGGGGUCUUCCGUCUAGGGGAGGCUACUUCAACAUGGGAUGCUGAUUCACCAGUCAUUCAGCGUGAGCCAUGGGAACACAUCAAAGAUGAGGACAUAAAGAGAAACACACAUAACUUUAUGUUUUGAGAUCAGAUGGUUGGGGGUGAAAGGAUGUACGACAAGGCGAGGAGAGGAGAAAACGUUGAACUUUCACCUAGACGAAUCUCAAUACUCCAGUUUGACAUAGAGCGCAGCUUGGAUGACAGACAAAAUUUGAUUUUUAGAGUGACGUGUUCUAAAGGGACAUACAUUCGGUCAUUGUGCGCGGAUUUUGGGAAGGCUGUUGGCAGUUGCGCCCAUUUAACUGCUCUGCGAAGAGAUUCAAUUGGGCAAUAUUCAGCAGAUGAUGCUUGGGACUUCCAAGAACUUGAAGAGGCUAUUACCAAAACUUACCUCUAACUGUCGUUGAUUGGAGCCAUGAUCUGCAAAUUGCUGUGUCUUUCCCUUGUUUUGGUUGGUAAAUAGAUGCGCAGUGGUUUAUAAACCGAUUUUAUGUUUAUUCUUUAUAGUUUCAUUUUUUACCUUCAAUGUUCUAUUCUUAUAUGUUUUCUUUAAAGUUAUAUAGUCAUGAUAUACUAGGCUCAAAGUCUUCUUCCCUUUUUACCUUUUUAAGUAGAUGUAGUAAUUGAGCAAGGAAACAUUUGACCAUUCAAUUAUACCAACCGUAUAUAAAGGAAAAAAGUAAAAAUUCUUGCACAAAUUUC